AUGCGAAAUCGUAGGCUUCUUGAAAGGCGUGGUUCAUUGGCUUCAUUAACAAUAGAUCUUGCGCAAUCCGAAAGUAGAUCUCUAGAACCAUCUCCAGUUCAUGAAGACAUUUUAUGUAACAAGCCUUUAAAGUGUCAAAAUUUGUCCUUCAUCGAAUCAAAUUUUAGUACCGCGGUUGAAGAAACACAGUUGAGUAAUAAAACAGGUCUUUUAACUCGUUAUCAGUUGCGUCACCUUGAUGUAAUGGCAUCUUUAUCGGCAAUUUAUGCUGAAUUUGCUGUUUUACCAAGCCCAAGUUCUUCUUCUUGCGAAAAGGUGGCAGGUUGCAGUCUGAAGAAUCGGCAUACCUUAUGGCCUAUCCGCGAAACCCGUGUUAAAUUAUCAUCUACAUACAAAGCACUUUGUGGUUCUACAGAUGAAGAUGUUUAUAAUAGUUAUAUCAAUGCCAACUAUAUUAUGGAUUCUAGCUCAAAAUUGACAUAUAUCGCAGCAGAAGGUCCGAUGUCAAAUACGGUGAAUGAAUUUUGGUUAAUGGUUUUCCAAGAACGUACACCAGCCAUUAUCAUGGUUACAAAUCUAGAAGAAAAGCCAUCUGAAACAAAGCCAGCACAGAAAAAAUGCGAAAAAUACUGGCCAGAGAGUCACGCUUCUUAUGGUAAUAUAGGUGUUACUGUUUUAUCUACAAGCUUUCAUGGUGGUGUACAAAUCCGCCACAUUGUUUUAAAUUGUAAUGGCUUGGAACACCAUACCAGACACAUUUGGUUUACGGAAUGGCUAGAUCACUGUUUGCCUGUACAACACAUCAACCAACUUCUUAAGGUCAUCGUUGCUAUGGAAAGUUACAGAACUGAGUAUCAGAGAUUGUUUUCUCAAACUGCACCCGUCAUUGUCCACUGCAGUGCUGGAAUUGGCCGAACCUGUACAUUCAUCUCGAUAGCGAUGGGAGUAGAACAGCUUUGCAAAACACCCGAAAAUAUUGAUAUAUUUUCCAUUGUAUCUAGAUUGCGUAUGCAAAGAUUUGGAGCCGUACAACUUCCAGGACAAUAUGUAUUUAUUUAUUUGGUGCUGCAACGUAUGGAAAAAAUUCUCACCGAAUUUUGUGUGCGUAAUGAUCAAGACAGAUUCCCUCCAUGUCUCAUUUUUCCAGAAGCAUACGACAAUAAGGACUCAGGAGGUGAAGAUGAAAGCAGUGAUGACCCAUUUUGGAACGGACAGGUUGACUUGCUUUGCAACACUUUCUGA